AUGGAAAAUGAAGAUCUAUGUUUUAUGAAACUUUUUACAUUGUAUUCCUGGAAGGAAAUAAAAAAUUGUCCAGGACGAUAUUUACUAACAAAACAAGAUAAUGAACAUCUUAGAUUAAUUUCGCCGAGUGAAAUAUUAAAUAAUAAAAUAUCUAUACAGAUAUUUGAUAGUGAAAUUUGUCGAGAUAGAAUACAUAUUGGAAAAUUUAUCGACGGUGGUUUAUUAUCAUAUGAAAAAUCUGAUGGAACAUUUGUUCAUACUUUAAAUAAUAUUUCUGGUUUAACUAGAAAAAUGAAUCAUUUAAAUGUACAUUUUGAUAAUCAAAUUCUAAACUAA